CUUCUGAUGCUAAAUGAUGGUCAAUGGUAGUCGUUUGAAAGUUGUCUAGCCUCACCCUUCUUUCCCUCACUCAAGAACUCCUCCAUUCGCCAUCACCUUUACGACCUCACCGCCCGACCUGAAUUUCUCCAGCUCGAACCUCCUAACCUCACCGGCACCUUCGUCGUCCGUCCACCAUGGCUAAUCUCAACGCGAGCUUCAUGCUCGAGCCUUCCCCCUACUACCCCGAUUGGAAGUUUGACUAUUCCGCAAGGCUGAUCUACGGGCCCUUGCCUAGUUUUGCCGUCAAUCUGCCCCUUGUCGCCGGCUUCUUUGGCACGCUGUGCGUCGUCACACCCACCUUUGUUCUCUUCAGCAGCCAGAGAACACGAGCCAACCCAAUCUUCUGGAUCCAGCUUCUGUCACUCUUCCUCGCGAUGGUCUACGCGCUUCUAGGCGUCGCUGAAUAUUCUCUGGCCAUGGAGUACUCGUGGGAAGUCUACCAGCCAUUCAAAUUCAACAACAUGGCCAAUGCCGAAGCCGUCUUCCAAUUCAUUGUCCCGUACGUCGCCGAUAUUCCCCUUAUCUUCAAGAUUCUCGCAUUCUACCCCUCGACGGUCUACUCGCACCGCCGUCGAGCCCUUAUGGUGGCCUUCCCCAUCUUCAUGAAGCUACCACGGAUCUCGAUUAUCAUCGUCUAUGCUUACGAAAGCACCAAAUUCGGCCGUACAGGCGGCUACCCCGCCCUGUGCAUCCUGCUCGAAGCCCUUUUCCAGGUCCUCGACAAUGGCUAUUCGUCCUCGGUGCUCCUGUACAAGUGCGUGCAGUUCUGGCGACUCCGCUCAAAGGCCUCAGCGCACACUACGACAAAGGGCCGGCUUCGGCUUCGAUUCCUCAUGGAAUCCCUCUUCCUCACCUUCUUUCCCGCUAUUCUGGUUCAAAUCUUCAUUGUCGGCUUCACGGCGCCUCAACCGCUCUCGGUCAAAUUUUCAGAAGAGUAUGCAUUGACGCAGCAUUACGGCGCUCCUGGGUACGUGUAUUCCGGGAUGGCCAUCCUCAUCUUCCUCAAUGUCGUCGUCACCGUCUACUCGUCUAUCUUGGCAACUUCCUGGACGUCGCUGCGCGAGAACACCCUGAAUCGCAAGGCGCUUCUCUCGUCGUCCCGUUCGUCAAGGCAGCAGGAGCACCAGAAGCUACGCGAGACGGAAGAGCAAAAGACUCCCCCUCGGGCCCCUCAGGUCCCUCAGGGUGGAGCAGGCCUCACGAUGAGAAGGGCACAGAGGCCUGAAGAUACCUCCUUGAUUGCGUCGAUGUUUGCCGAAGACAACUUCGGUAGCACCAGUGAAGAGAUUGAGGAGCUCGCCAGCGUCCAGCUACCCAACACCUCAUCUCAAGAUAGCUCAGAAGACGGUCGAAACUACGGCGAAUGGAGGCGGCAUCGAUAGACUUUCCUGCU